AUGGGUAGCGGCCGCGACAAGCGGAAGAAGGCCGCGAAGCGCAGCGGCAAGGACGGCUCCGGCCCGUCCGGCGAUGCCAAGACGUCCGCCAAGACGGAUAAGAACGCGGCCAAGCUGGAGCGUCGCAUGGCCAAAGCCGCCGCCGACGACGACAUCGACGCGCUGCUCGCCAACAUCAGGCUGAUGGACUCGAAGCUGAAGGAGGUGGAGGUACACGAGGAUUGCCCGAAGCCUGGCCCGAGGUGCAACUGCUCGUUCACCCCGACGCUAGCGCAGAAACCCGCGGAGGUCAUCAUGUUCGGCGGCGAGUGCGUGGACGCGACGGGCAAGACGCAAACCUUCGGGGAUCUCUUCCGGUACGACGUCGAUCGCAACAAGUGGACGAAGGUCGUCUCUCCCAACUCGCCCCCGCCGAGGAGCGCGCAUCAGGCGGUCGCGCACGGCGGCUACCUCUACGUCUUUGGCGGGGAGUUCACGUCCCCGAAUCAGGAGAAGUUCCACCACUACAGGGACCUGUGGAGGCUCGACCUCGAGGAACACGCGUGGGAAAACAUCACGCCGAAAGUCGGCCCCAGCGCCCGAAGCGGCCACAGGAUGGUGACCCACCCCAAGGGCAAAUCGCUGCUGCUCUUCGGCGGGUUCUACGACACCGGCGACGACAUCCGGUACUACAACGACGUGUGGGAGCUCAACCUGGAGGCGAUGACGUGGCGGUGCAGGUUCGGCGGUGACGUCGCGGGUGGCGCCUCGACGUUGGAGGGUCCGAGUCCUCGGUCCGCGUCGCACGUUUCCGCGUCGAACGAUUCGCUGUGGGUGUACGGCGGCUACCGUAAGUUCGCGGGCGACGGCGAGGGCGACGAUGGGGACGUCGAGAAGGGCUCGACGCACAGCGACCUGUGGAGGAUGGACCUGAAGAGUUGGCGAUGGGAGAAACAGAAAAAGGCGGGCAUGGCGCCCGGGCCGCGCGCGGGAGCCACCUCCGCGACGCACGGCGCGAAGAAGCGGCACGUGCUCUUCGGCGGCGUGGUGGACCACGAGAUUCGCAAGGGCGAGGUGAUCAUCUCGGAGUUUUUCAACGACGCGUACUCGAUGAGCCUCGACAACGGCCGGUGGUACCCGGUUUGCCUAUACGCGGACAAGGGCUCCAAGCCGGAGGCGCCGCGCGAGGCGACGGGACGCGAGGAGGCCGAACGCGUGGCGCGCGGCGAGGUUUUCAACGAGAACUUCAACGUGCGCGACGCCACGGUGCGCGCGGCGAUCAAGAUCCAGGCGCACUACCGCGGGUACGCGGUGCGAAAGGCGUACAAACUGUACCGCAUCGGGGGGCAGGUUUCGGAGCUGCUGUACUCCCCGGGCUCCGGCGAGGCCGCCCCGAAGACGGCGCCCAGGCCGCGCGGGCGCAUGAACGCGGCGCUCGCGGUGCGAGGCAACGCGAUGUACCUGUUCGGCGGCGCCGUCGAGAUUGGGGACGUGGAGGUUUCGCUGGACGACGUGUGGGCGCUGGAGCUCUCCGCUCGUCCCAAGUGGCGAAAAAUCGCAGAGUACUCGCCCGAGGUUGCGGAGAGGGUGCACGGGGAGGCGGUCGAGUCGAGCGACGAGGAGGAGGAGGAGGAGGAGAAAGAGAGGGCGCACGCGAUGGAGUUUCGGGCGAGGAAGACGGUGGAAGGGAAGGAAUGA